CCGGUCGCGGCCUCCCCACGUGUGCCGGGAGCGCGGGGUUCCCGCUGCCGCUGCCGCGAUGUCGGUGCCGGCUGCUGCCAGCAACCUGCCCAUGCGGCUGCUCCGCAGGAAGAUCCACAAGCGCAACCUGAAGCUGCGGCAGCGCAACCUGAAGCUGCAGGCGGCGCAGGGGGCAGUGCCCUCGCCGAGCGAGGCGGCUUCUCAGGGACCCCCGGAGGAGGAGGUGGAGGUGGAGGAGGCGGCGGUGCCAGAGGAGGAUGCAGCGGCCGAGGAGGGCGCGGAGCCUGCGGACGGAGCCGGACCCCGCAGCGGGGAAAAGAAGAAAAAGAAGAAGAAAAAGAGAAAAGCGGUGGCCAAUGGAGGAGAUGAUAUAGAAACCAAAAAAGCAAAAACUGAAGAAGAUGAAUCUGCAGAGGCAGAAGAUGGAGAUAAGCAGGACUCUGGAGAGAAGGAGGAGGAGGAGGAGGAUGAAGUGCCCAGUUUGCCACUGGGUGUAACAGGUGCUUUUGAAGACAAUUCCUUUGCUUCCCUGGCUGGCUGUGUCAGUGAGAAUACAUUGAAAGGCAUAAACGACAUGGGGUUUACACACAUGACUGAAAUUCAACAUAAAAGUAUUAAACCCCUUCUGGAAGGCAGGGAUAUUUUAGCAGCUGCAAAAACAGGCAGUGGAAAAACACUCGCGUUUCUCAUUCCUGCAGUAGAGCUCAUCUACAAGCUGAAAUUCAUGCCUAGGAAUGGAACAGGUGUUAUUAUUCUUUCUCCUACCCGAGAGCUGGCUAUGCAGACCUAUGGAGUUCUUAAGGAACUCAUGAAUCAUCAUGUCCAUACCUAUGGUCUGAUAAUGGGAGGCAGUAACAGAUCAGCAGAAGCACAGAAGCUUGGAAAUGGAAUCAAUAUCAUUGUAGCCACACCAGGAAGACUGCUGGAUCAUAUGCAGAACACUCCAGGUUUCAUGUACAAGAACUUGCAGUGUUUGGUAAUUGAUGAGGCAGAUCGAAUCUUGGAGGUUGGAUUUGAAGAAGAAAUGAAACAGAUCAUAAAACUUUUACCAAAGCGCAGACAGACGAUGCUUUUCUCUGCCACACAAACCAGAAAGGUGGAAGAUCUGGCCAAGAUCUCUCUGAAGAAAGAGCCCCUGUAUGUUGGAGUUGAUGAUAACAAGGAGACAGCAACUGUAGAUGGUCUGGAGCAGGGUUAUGUGGUCUGUCCAUCUGAAAAAAGAUUCCUUUUGCUCUUCACAUUUCUCAAGAAGAACCGGAAGAAGAAACUGAUGGUGUUUUUUUCUUCAUGUAUGUCAGUGAAGUACCACUAUGAAUUACUCAACUACAUUGAUCUGCCUGUUUUGGCCAUUCAUGGCAAGCAGAAACAGACCAAACGUACGACAACGUUUUUCCAGUUCUGUAAUGCAGAGUCUGGGAUACUGCUGUGCACUGAUGUGGCUGCCAGAGGAUUGGACAUUCCUGAGGUUGACUGGAUUGUCCAGUAUGACCCUCCAGAUGAUCCAAAGGAAUAUAUCCAUCGUGUUGGUAGGACUGCCAGAGGGAUAAAUGGGAGAGGACACGCUCUGCUCAUCUUGAGACCAGAAGAACUGGGCUUCCUUCGUUACCUGAAACAAGCCAGGGUACCACUAAGUGAAUUUGAAUUUUCUUGGUCAAAAAUCUCAGACAUUCAGUCUCAGCUGGAAAAACUGAUAGAGAAGAACUACUUCCUUCACAAGUCAGCCCAGGAGGCUUACAAAGCUUACAUCAGAGCUUAUGACUCCCAUUCUCUGAAGCAGAUCUACGAUGUCAAUAACUUGGAUCUUCCCAAAGUCUGCCUUUCCUUUGGUUUUAAAGUUCCUCCGUUUGUUGACCUCAAUGUGAACAGCAACCAUGGCAGAAGACUACAGAAGAGAGGUGGAGGUGGGGGAUUUGGCUACCAGAAAUCAAAGAGUGUCCACAAAGCAAAAAUCUUCAAACACAUCAGCAAGAAAUCCGACAAUCGGCAAUUUUCUCGUUAAU